ACAUUAAUAAGAUCUAAAUCCAUUCUAUAAAAUGUUUCUAAACACACUGAAAUACAAACCGAUGCAUAAACUUAAAAAACAGCAAGUUUUUUUCGGGUUGAGAUCACUCCACGGCAGCUUAGGACUAUGGCCACAAGAUUUAAACUCUGAAAUCAAAUUGAAAAUUGAAAGACACUGGUCUGAAGAAGUUCAAAAAGAGCAGUCUUUAAGCAGCGGAAAGUUACAUUAUGUGUUGGCUCAAUUCCCAUACCCAUCAGGCAAUUUACACAUGGGCCAUGUUCGUGUUUACUCCAUCUCUGACACUAUUGCAAGAUAUCACAAACUUAAUGGAGAUAAAGUCAUACAUCCUAUUGGUUGGGACGCCUUUGGACUACCUGCAGAAAAUGCUGCCAUUGAAAGAAAUGUUCAACCUCAGCAUUGGACUGCCUCGAAUAUUGAGUCUAUGAAAAAACAGCUCCUUGAUUUAGGAUUUAAUUUUGACUGGGACAGAGAAUUGUCUACAUGUGAUCCAGAAUAUUACAAAUGGACACAGUAUAUAUUUUUGAAAUUAUUUGAAAAUGGUUUAGCAUACCAAAGCAAGGCCAGUGUCAACUGGGAUCCUGUGGAUCAAACAGUUUUAGCCGAUGAGCAGGUGGAUGAGCUAGGCUGCUCUUGGCGUUCCGGAGCCAACGUGGAAAAGAAGAUUCUCACACAGUGGUUUAUCAAAACCACCAAAUUUGCUCAGAAGCUUUAUGAUGGGCUUAGUAGUGAGCAGCUAGAAAAUUGGAAAGAUAUAAUCAAUUUACAGAAACAUUGGAUUGGUGAAUGCAAUGGCACAGUGGUAACAUUUAGUAUGUUGGUAAAUGAUAAGUUAAAGUCAUUUGAUGUUUGGACAUCUGAUCCUUACAAAUUAAUUCAUGGAGAAUUUUUAGUAAUAAGUAGGGAUAAUCUUAUAGCCCAAGAAUUAAGUAACAAUGAUAGUCUUUUGAAAGCUAUAAAUCCAAUCACAGGAGCUGAAAUACCAGUUUAUAUAAGUGAAGUUGCUAACUAUGCUGAAGGAAGGGAUGUCUACUUAGCCUGCCCUUCAGUAGAUGAAAGUGACAAAGUUCUAGCAGACAAGAUAAGUUUUUGUGUAAAAUCCACCUAUCCGACAAUAAAUAUUGCAAGUGAGAACCAAAGAGCAAUUGACUUGGCUAAAUCUAAAAAUGUAGGAGGUCAUUUAGUGAGUUCAAAACUUAAAGACUGGCUCAUAUCCAGGCAAAGAUACUGGGGAACUCCAAUACCCAUCGUACACUGCCCUACUUGUGGCCCAGUCCCUGUGCCAUAUGAUCAGCUCCCAUUGAAACUACCAACACUUAAUUAUGCAGACACUAGCAACAAAUCAUUGGCAGAUCUACAUGACUGGGUCAACUGUAAAUGCCCACAAUGUAGUGCAAGCAGUAAGCGCGAAACUGAUACUAUGGACACAUUUGUUGACUCUUCAUGGUAUUAUUAUCGAUUCCUGGAUUCUAAAAAUACCAAAGAACCAUUCAUAAAAGAAAACCUUCAAGGGUGUACACCUGUUCACAUUUAUAUUGGUGGGAAAGAGCAUGCAGUGCUGCAUUUAUAUUAUGCUCGCUUCAUGAGCUACUUUUUGCAUUCUCUAGGCUGGACUGUAUAUGAGGAACCAUUCAAAAAACUAUUAGUUCAGGGUAUGGUAAUGGGACAAUCUUAUAAACUAAAAUCAUCGGGAAAAUAUAUACCUGCAGAAAAUGUAGAAAAGAUAAAAAAUAAAUAUGUAGAAAAACAUACACUACAUCCUGUAGUUAUGCAGUGGGAAAAGAUGAGCAAAUCUAAAUACAACGGGGAGAAUCCUGAGAGAUUGUUGAGUACAUACGGCUGUGAUACAACGCGCCUACUAAUACUAGCAGAUGUCCCUCCAGCAACUAGCAGGCACUGGUCUGAAGCUACCUUUCCUGGUGUUCUUAAUUGGCAGCAUAGAUUAUGGAUAACAGUUCGAGAUUUUAUCAAACAUAGGAAUGAUGCUACAUUAUAUGAGCAGGAGAAGAUUACUAGUGAAGAGUUUGAGAAAAUUGACUUUAAAUUAUGGGAUUCUAGAAAUUAUUUUACAGCUAACACUUCAUACCAUUUCAAGUACACUCACAUGCUUAGUGUUGGCAUAUCGAGGCUGCAAGCCUUAACUAACGCUUUAAGGAACAAUGUUCCUCCAGAAGUCAUUGCAAAAAGUAAAGAAUAUGAAUUAGCAUUGGCAACUCUAAUAAUAAUGCUGUCACCAGUGGCUCCACAUUUCUGCUCUGAACUGUGGGCAGGAUUUCUUUCAGCACCAAAAAGGAUAUCUCAAUCCACCCCUUUGAUUAACUGGCAGGAGAAUGUAUUGGGACAAACAUGGCCUAAGGUUGACAACCACUAUAAGCUGUCGCUUUUAUGCAAGGUUGAUGGUGUUGAUAGGUGCGAGUUAAAAAUAGCAGCACCAGUACUUGAUCGCCUUGGCCAAGAAGAAGCUGUGCAAAUGAUGCUUGAUCAAGCUGACGUUGCCUUUCGCGUCCAAAGAGGAAUUAUCAAAACUAAAUACGAAUUGUUCCCCGGAAGUCGUGCUUUUUUGAAUCUAUUCACAAAUCGGAGUGCAAAGAAAAAAGAAAAUGAUACAGAAAAUAAAAUUGCUGCAGGCUGAAGUAAAAUAUACCUAUCGUAGUUUA